GUGCGGUUACAAAACAAACGUGGUGGUUUUGCAUUGUAAUUUACAGUCUGAAGUAGUACGUGAGGCAUGGCCAAGUUAAAUGAUAUGUGUUUGUAAUGUUAUUUAGUUGUGCAUUGUUCUUUGUAUGGGUGUGAAAUGAAUAUAUUUAGUAUUGAUAAAUCUGUUACGAAAUCACCAGUCAACUAUGAAUAUGAAACCAUCAUCACAGUUCCAGAGGAAAGUGUGUUACUGGACCAAAUAAAAAGACAUAUUGUAAUAAUGAAGAAGAAGAAAAUUAGAAAGGUGGUCACUCAAGUGAGUCUGCGUUUUCUCGAGAAUGUAUACAUUCAGUUUAUAAGAGAAAGCAUAGCACAACGUACAUGAAUAUGGAGUUUAAUUUGUUGAAAAUUGGAUUUUCCCUCAUGACGAUAUUUGUAGUAGUAAUGGGAUGUCUGAUAAACAAUAUAGAGAAAUAUAUGCCGGUGUUUUUGACACAAACAUUCCGACAUGGAAAAUUUGCUUAUCAAGGUAAACCAUCGCAGUUGAAGAUUAUUGAAGUUCCUAAAAGUUGGUUUCGACAUUUCUAUGUAUUUGCUUCUGUGUACACUACUUUGUCUCUAAUACUCACCUUUGGGAUAUACUUCCUGUCCUGGGAACUGUCACCAUGGUUGGUAACAUUGCUGGAUUUACUUGCUUCAAGUAAUCGAAAGGCUAAUGUUAGUGCUGUGUCUAGUCUUCUUGCCCUAUCCCUUCUGACAAUUCAGGCAUGGCGUAGAUUCUAUGAGACAUGGUUUGUGAGUGUCUUUUCAAACACUCGAAUGAAUUUCUCUCACUAUAUUGUGGGUUUUAUUCAUUAUUUUGGAUCUGUAACAGCUAUUCUGGCAGAGUCACCAGGGUUCAUCGAUGACAAAGGUCUGACUGCCAUAUUUCAGUUAAAGGAAAUAACGUUAGGUAACAUCUAUGGCAGUGUUCUUUUUCUGUGGGCGUUCUGCUGUCAAUAUAAAGCUGCUGUCUUGCUAGCCAAUCUGCGUAAGAACAAAAAAGGUUCCAUAGUGACACUUGAGCAUCGAGUUCCACAUGGAGACUGGUUUGAAUUGGUUUCAUCUCCACAUAACAUGGCUGAGAUAUUAAUGUACCUUGCCUUGACAUUUAUACUCUUUGGUUCAAAUACUUGGCCUGUGGUGUUCUUAUGGGUUCUGAGUAACCAGGUUGAAACAGCUUUGCUAACCCAUUGGUGGUAUAAAUCUAACUUUAAGGAUUACCCACCGAUGAGAAAAGCUGUAAUACCGUAUGUCCUCUAGAGUGAAAUGGAUUAUAAGUUGCAUGAGUAGUGAUUGUAUUUUACAUGAGAAUUCUAAAUACUUCUUACAGAAUUUAUAAUCAUAUAUUUGUGAAAGUUCUACAUCAUAUAUACAUGUUACUAGUUUUAAUUAUGAGCUUAUUAGACACUGUGAUGUAAAUAUGUAAUUAAAUAUAAUUGAAAUGUUGAAAAAA